GAAGCUAAGCUCCAGCUCCAGCUCCAGGGAGAUGAAAUGGCUCGCUGUACUUUAAUUCCAUCUAUAAACCCAGCUCACAGCUUCCGUCAUCAGUUUCCUCAAUCUAAUCCUUCGUUCCCUUCACUUCCCAGUUUUCUGCGUUUUCGGAGAUGCGAAAGCCGCCGCCGUUUGGUCACCAUGGCCGCCGCCGGGAAGGAUCACUAUGCAACUCUGAAUGUCGGCCGAAACGCCACGUUGAAGGAGAUUAAAAGCGCUUAUAGAAAUCUCGCUCGCAAGUAUCAUCCGGAUAUGAAUAAGAACCCUGGAGCUGAAGAUAAGUUCAAACAGAUUAGUGCUGCUUACGAGGUUUUAUCUGAUGAGGAGAAGAGAACCGCUUAUGAUCGCUUUGGAGAGGCUGGUUUAGAUGGAAGUUUCAAUGCUGAUCAGGAUACUUCUCAAGGAGUGGAUCCUUUUGAUCUGUAUAGUGCAUUCUUUGGAGGUGGUUCUGAUGGAUUCUUUGGAGAUAUGGGUGACUCAGGAGGGAUGGGUUUUGAUUUCAUAAAUAAGAGAAGCCUUGACCUUGACAUUCGGUAUGAUAUGCGGUUGAGCUUUGAAGAAUCUGUUUUUGGAGUAAAGCGUGAGAUUGAUGUUUCUUAUUUAGCAACGUGUGAUGGCUGUGGAGGAACAGGUGCUAAGUCUAGUAAGGACGUUAAACAGUGUAGCAAUUGUGGUGGUAAAGGGCGUGUCAUGGACACUCAGAGAACACCCUUUGGAAUCAUGUCUCAGGUCUCCACUUGCUCUAAAUGUGGUGGUGAUGGAAAAAUCAUUACUGAUAAAUGUCGAAUGUGCAAUGGCAACGGGAGACUACGGUCUAGCAAAAAGAUGGAUGUUGUUGUACCUCCUGGUGUUAGUGACAGAGCCACAAUGCGUAUUCGAGGAGAAGGUAACGUGGACAAGAGAAGUGGACGAGCGGGAGACCUGUUCAUCGUUCUUCAAGUUGCUGAGAAGCGUGGGAUCCGGAGAGAAGGACUUAAUCUAUACUCCAAGAUCAGCAUCGAUUUCACAGAUGCAAUACUUGGGACUAACACAAAGGUAGAAACAGUUGAGGGAACAAUGGAUCUCCGGAUUCCCCCUGGAACUCAGCCAGGCGACACUGUGAAAUUAUAUAGGAAAGGAGUUCCAGACACUGAUAGACCUUCAGUUAGAGGUGAUCAUUGCUUUGUAGUGAAGGUUUUGAUCCCAAGAAACCUAAGCGAGAGGGAGCGCAAGUUGGUAGAGGAAUUUUCAUCGCUUAGAAAAUCUAGCAGUAGUACUGGUGAAACUCGUCAAGAGGAGCGGAGAUUUGACUCGGAGUCCAGAAAAGAACCGUCUUUGUGGCAUAAAAUGAAGAGUUUCAUAAGACCUGAAGAUUCAAGAACCAAGUUUGGGACAAUGAGCUUGAACUCAUCAGUGCCACUACAAAGAAUGAAAGUGGCAGAGACUUCAACUGUCUUCACGUUCUUGGCUCUAUGCGUUAUAACCUCUGCUGUUGCAUUGGUUCAGAAAAAGGGUAAUCGCUUGAAAGAAAAGAAAGAAUCCUAAUUUCGUCAAAACCCUCUAGACUCAGAUGGAAAGCUUCGGACCCAAGUAAACAGAGAACUUUAGCCAGAUAAACAUGACUUUGAAAGUCCAUUCAUUGCUAUACAACUCUAGUUUAUAGGUUGAACUUGUUUGUUACAGAAAAACAUAGAGAUCUUGGAUGUACUCUGUUUUAUCAUUAUUUUAUGGUUAAAGAGUUCUGAUAAAACAAAUGUUUUUACUUGACCAACUCUUUCCCAAGAAAAACCAUAUCGAACUCUGAACUUGUAUUAGUCCUUUGAACUGA